AUGGGAUACAAAUUUCUACAGAUUAAACAAACUUCUAAAUUAAAUAUACUCUAAAUCAGAAAAUUAUAUAUAUUGCUAAUGGGUAGAUUUUAAGAAUGGAAGAUUACUAACUAAAGUUAAUUAUUUAGAGAUAGAUAUAAUAAAAAAUUUAGAAUAAGUCAAGCAUCUUUAAUGGAUAGGGAAUUAUGGAGAGUAAAAUAAGAAAGUUGGUCUAUGGAGUGCUUAAAGGAAGGAAUAACUUCUAAAGGAUGUAGGUGGUUAGUAUAGAAAAAUAAAUAAAUUUUUUAAUGAAAAAAUAAUUCCUCUGAAAAGGGAUAAAAGUAAGGAUUUUUGGAAAGAUUUGAGUAAUUUAUAUAUAUUUUUAAUUUAUAGUGAAGCACAAGCAUAUGAGAUUGGAGAUUACAACAAAAGACAGAGAAGAGGAAAAUUGGCUUAUUUCAUUUAAGAUAUAGAGAUGUAUUUAUACUGUUUUAUAUAUUUAGUGGUGGUGGUUAGUAAAAUGAUUUUGGAAAAAAAAUUGGAAAAUGGGUAGAUUUGAGCGAUACAUUUUGGAAGUAAUAGACACAAAACUUAUUAUAGAGAAAAUUAAGUUUUAUAUUUUGGUGAAUAUAACAAUAGGAUAAAGGUUGGUGCAUGGAACAUUCUUUCUGAUGUCUAAUAAAUGUAAAAUAUAAAACUAUUAUAUUUUUCCUUAUAAAAUUCUUAGUGAAGGAGGAUCAUAUGAAGAUUUUGAAAAGGGUGAAAAGAAGAUUGGAAAAUGGAUUGAUUUAAGCGAAUUUUUUGAUUAGUAAGUGCUGAUUUGA